UCAAAAUAGUUGAAGCGCGAAUAGUGUACAGUGCCGUGUAGUCUUACAGUGAAACAUCCGUCUCCAAAAAUGAAACCUUAUUUGUAACGAACUCAAACACUAGCCGGCUCCGCUUCUCAUGAAUUGUCUCCGCUUUACUUCUUUAUCUGCUGCAGUCGUCAACAACACGCGCUUACCUCUCUAUCGAUCAGUAGCAUCAAUGGAUGCCAGCAGUUCAGAUUUUACUCUCGUAUUAUCUGGAAAAUCUUCUUCCGAUAAUGAGAUCGCACACUCUAUAAAGCAAAAUAACUCAAUUACACUUUCCGACGACAGUUACCGAGUUUCUCUACUCUUGGAAUCGGAGAUUACUAAACAAGAAAAGGAGGAAGCUUCUUCUUUUAAUCGGCAAUUUUUUUUCAAUUCUCUUUCUACUAAUCAAUUCGGUAGGUUGCUCAUUUGGUCUCCCCGGUUAACUUCCACACAUGACGUCGUUUCACUUAAUUUCUGUGAGCUUCCAAUUGGUACUGUUUGUGUUGCUGAUAUUCAGAUUAAAGGGAGAGGUCGGUCGAAGAAUGUGUGGGAAUCUCCGUUAGGCUGCCUGUUGUUUUCUUUUACUCUUCAGAUGGAGGACGGUAAAAUUGUGCCUUUGUUGCAAUAUGUUGUUUCUCUAGCGGUUACAGAAGCAAUUAAAGAUGUUUGUCACAAAAAUGGCUUGCCAUUUCUAGAUGUGAAAAUAAAAUGGCCAAAUGAUCUUUACUUAAAUGGCCUAAAAGUUGGUGGUAUCCUAUGCAAUUCGACGUAUAAAUCAAAGAAGUUCAAUGUCAGUGCUGGUAUAGGUUUGAAUGUUGAUAAUGAGAAACCGACUACAUGCUUGAAUGCAGUACUAAGAGAACUAUCUGAUUCUGCUGCUUCACAAUUAAGCAGAGAAGAUAUUCUUGCAGCUUUUUUUAACAAAUUUGAAAAUCUCUAUGGUAUUUUCAUAAAUGAUGGAUUCAGAAAUCUCGAGGAGCUGUAUUAUAGAACAUGGUUACAUAGCGGUCAAAGAGUCAUUAUACAAGAAAAGAUCAAUGACCGACAAGUGGAGAAUGUAAUCACUAUUCAGGGCUUGACAUCUUCAGGGUAUUUGUUAGCCAUUGGCGAAGACAACCAAAUGUAUGAGCUUCAUCCUGAUGGUAACAGUUUUGACUUCUUCAAAGGACUAGUCAGAAGGAAAUUGGAAUGAAGAUUCCUCAUCACUUUCAAAUGGAGGCAACAUGGUAAAGAAGUAAAGAUUCUUUCUCCAAGGCUGAUCAUUAUUGAAGUUAUGGGGCACUCCAAAUCAGUGGUAUGUUUGUAUAAUUGUGGGUGCUUUUGUUUCUUUUUCAUCUUUCAAUUUAUACUCUCUCCGCAUAUUUGCAUACCGUGACCAUCUUUUGUGUUGGGAUGGAUAAAGAGAAAAGGACACCUCUACCCUCUUAAGCUGCUAGCUUCUACUUGGAACCAGUUUUUUAACCGGUUCAACCAGUUGGGCUGGUAACCGUAUGUCAGUCCAGUUUGAUUUUUUUUCCUUCUAAAAUUUAGAAAUACGGUUCGACUUCUUCUAACUGGAAAAAACCGCAAAAAUUAGAAACCAUUGACCGGUUAAGCUGUAAAAGUUGCGUGGUUCUUUAAUAAACCGUAUGAACCGGUGGUUGAACAAGCUGUAAAUCGAUGGCCACACCAGUUCAAUUUUUAAAAUACUGCUUCGAACUAAAGGUUCAAACUUUAUUAUAUAUAGGCUAAUAAUGACCUAGAAAAUUCAAUCCUUCAGCAAAAGUACUCGUUUUAACCAAACUUUUAAAAAGUUUCGAUCAUAGCCAAAAUUGCAUUAUAUGGUUUCAAUUUUAACCAAACUAUCCUAGUCAUUGAAUAAAAUAUCUCAUUUUUUAUUCAAUUUUAAGGGAUUUAUAAAACUGAAACCCAAUAAUGCAAUUUUGGCUACAAUUAAAUUUGGUUAGAAGAACGGAGAACUUUUUCUUGGAUUUUUUGGAGAAUUUGGCCUUAUAUAUAUCAUUGAAGUGGUCAUGGCCCAUUACAAAGGCUCCAACUUUGCAGAAAUUGUCUCUAUCAUAGUUUGGAAGUUAACAUUAUGAGUUUUAGUCCUCAAAAAGCUGCAUACAGAAUAGGAGAAGAAAAAAAGUGCAUUAAGUUCUAUUUAUUUGUCAUUUUUUAAAACGUUUAGGUUCUUGUUUAGGGUCCCCCCAAUAAGCCAAAACACGUCAACUUGCAGCUUUUGUCUUGCAUGAAACCCUGUCUGUUUGCCCACACGUUAGGGAUAACAUACAUAUUACUCUUUUUGCAAAUUAUUGUUCUACGUAUAAUACAAAUGUUAUGUUCUUCACUUAGUAGUUCUUUUAGCUAAAUGUUGUAUAAAAAAAUGUCUGAUUGUUGUCUGUAGCUAUGAUGGUGCGACAAGUGAAUCAUGGAUUAGAUUCUUAAAAUGUCAGUUUUAACCCUUAUAAUUAUUGUCCAACUUGAUUAAGUAACCAGUGAUGGUGAUGAUUGACUGUUCUUGUAAUGGUAGUUUUGGAAUGUUUCUCUUUAGAUAAGAGGGUUAAGGUUGGAAUUGGAUGAAUUGCUGUUUUCUUGGGUGUUUAGAGAGGUUAGACUCCAUUAGGCAAAGUAGAAUUAGAACAUUGUUUAGCCGUUCUUUAAGCAAUAUCGGGAUCAAAAUUUCUUUUCAGCCCAGGAUAAAUAAUGUGUGAACCUUCGAGUUCACCUCUCACAUGCUGGCAGCCGGAGUUAAAUAACAUGAUACAUGUGAACCAUCUCCAGUCCAUCUCUGACAUGCCGGCAGCCGGGGCUAAAUGACAUGUGAACCAUUUAGUCCACUUCCAACAUGCCGGUGGCCCGGGUUUAACUUUCAUCUAGCCCUGACUUCACUACGAAUCCUACUUCUCUUGAAAAUUUUCGACGGUAGUCUGGACUAGAGCCUAUAAAGAAUAUUAUGAUAAAACAAUUUCAAGCAAUGAUGAGUAAAAAAAUGUUGUUGCUUGUUCAACUUAUAACAGUAGUUUUUUAGGGAAAAUUAUUAUUACCUUUGAAGUUAUGUUAAAAUUAUUGCUUUUUCUUUGGAUCUUAAAAAUUUACCGUUUCUCUAAUAUUUCAAUUUCAUUUCUUAUAAGGUUAUUUCAGUUAUCUAAUAUCUAUCAUUUUACUUCUUAUAAGGAUAUUUCAGUUAUCUAAUAUAUAAAAACAAAGGAGAAACAAUGAAUUUUUAAAAUCUACGGAAAAAAAACAGUAAGUUGGUAUAAUUUAAGGAAAUGAUAGUAAAUUUCUCUAGUUUUUGUCUAUUUGUCAAAAUAUCUUAUAUAUUUCAAAUUAGAGACCAAGUAAAAUUUCUGGUUCCAUCACCAUAUAUACAAUGGUAUCUAAAUUUUUUUAAAAGGGACAAAAAAAUAUUUGAAACUUUGCAAGAACCCAGAAAUCACUGCAAGUAAUUUUAGAAGAGUUGAGUAUAAGAUUAUUCGGUUUUGUGGUGAUGAAACUCAUCAUUGAAAUAGUAAGAAAAUCGAGAUAACCUGUGAGCCUAUAUCAGUAAGUUUAUGGACUCUUAUUUUCUUUUUUUUUAUCUUAUUUUAUCGGUUAGCAAUAUUGAUCACUAAAAAUCUUAAAUCAAUUUGAUUGUAAUUUUGAACGAUUAGGAUCUCGCCAAGUGUGCAGAAACGAAAAAUAUCUCUAUACCCUCAAAGUGUAAUAAUAGAAACAAAGUCUCAACAUGUAGAAAUGGGAAAGGAUAUGAUUGGUCAUGGAGAAAGUAAGGGAUGAGGAGGUUGACAUAGAGAGACGAGAAUGUCCAUGAAGACGAAGGAGAUGAGUCAAAGACAUAGUUUGCAUAGCCACAUGGUGGACCUAAGGUGCGUUGUGGGUGAAAGAUACUUGGGAUAAGAGGCAACAUAAACACAACAUGGCACUACAUGUACAAGCUUGGACAAAUUCCAUUCACACACUUCAUUCUACCUAUUGUAACCAGCCUCGGUUUGGUUUAGAUGUCGGGAUAGAUUGCUGAAGUUGAAAGAUGAUUAAACGGUUGAAAUGAUAUUUUUUAAAAAUAUAGUUGUUUGGAAGAGCUAUUGUGAGCCGGUGAAUUUUAUCGAAUAGGGCCAACAUGUCGAAUACGCAACAACUAUAGUUCAACUAAACAAAUUUUAAAUUUGCAUUUGUGUGGA